AUGGAAGAGAACACUGCAAUAACUGAUCCGGAAUCAAAUUCAAAAAAUAAUAAUAACAAUGGAAGAAAACAAGCGCAAAAUCCAUGGAAACUAAUAAUGUCGCUUAAUAGAUCACAAAAAUUCACUUUUAUUGCAGCAUUUUUAGGAUGGACAUUGGACGCAUUUGAUUAUUUUAUUGUGAUAUUCUCCGUACCUUUUAUUGCAAAAGAAUUUAACAUGGAACCUUCUGAUAUUGCUGGAAGCAUUACGAUUACAUUAUGUUUCCGUCCAAUAGGAGCCGCAAUAUUUGGCCUGUUAGCAGACCGUUAUGGAAGGAGAUAUCCAUUGAUGGCAGAUAUCAUUCUUUAUAGCGUUAUGGAAUUAGCGUCCGGUUUUGCACCAAAUUUUUUGGUUUUUAUUAUUUUAAGAGGAAUUUUUGGAAUUGCCAUGGGAGGUGAAUGGGGAUUAGGCGCAGCAUUAGCCAUGGAAAUUUUACCACCCGAAAGUCGUGGAUUAUUUUCGGGCAUAUUACAACAAGGUUAUGCUACGGGAUUUCUUUUGGCUUCACUUUUACAUUUUGCAGUAGUAGAUCAUAUCGGUUGGAGGGCGAUGUUUUGGAUUGGUUCAUUUCCCGCCAUAUUGGUUAUAAUCAUUCGUGUGUUUGUACCCGAAUCUCCUACCUGGAAAGCGCAACAGAAUGUUAGAAAAUCAACUGGUUCAACUGGUAAAGCUUGGUUGCAAAGUACUAAAUUAGUAUUAAAACAUCAUUGGAGAAGGUUCAUCUAUUGUGUUCUUUUAAUGGCUUGUUUUAACUUUUUGAGUCAUGGUACACAGGACUUGUAUCCGACUUUCUUGAAAUUGCAACUUGGAUAUGAUACAACCCAAGUUACAAUUCUUACGGUAAUAGCAAACAUAGGAGCCAUAAUUGGUGGCACAAUCUGUGGAUAUUUGUCACAAUUGUAUGGUCGUAAGGUUACUAUUAUAAUUACGGUAAUUUUGGCAGCAUGUUUCAUACCUCUGUACUUGUUACCGAAAAGUUUUGCAUCCUUGAGCGUUGGAGCUUUCGCCUUGUACUUUUGCGUUCAGGGAGCAUGGGGGGUGGUUCCGGCACACUUGAAUGAACUUUCGCCACCAGAAUUUCGUGGUACGUUCCCAGGAUUAACUUAUCAAUUGGGAAAUUUAAUAUCAGCAUCAUCGGCACAAAUUGAAGCAAAGUUAGGGGAGAGAUUUAAGAAAGAUGGGAAAUCUAAUUAUGGUUUAACUAUUGGUAUCUUAUCCAUCAUUGUCAUGGCUUCAUUGGUUGUAUUAACCUUCUUUAGUAAAGAAUAUAAGAACGUUAAUUUUAUUGAACAAGCCGAACAAGGUGAUUUGGAAAUCAAUGAAGAAGAGAAACUUAAGGAGGAGAAAAAAUGA